UGUUGACGAUGCAAAGUGAGCAGUUUCUUGUCGAAAGCAGUCACCCACGAAAGUUACUUGCCUUUCAACCUUCCUAUUUUUAUUGAUGGUGACGAAAACAGUUGUGUUCAAAGUAUUUUCGAGGAGCUUCACCAUUGAAUCGGUAGCAGAAGAAAUUUGAUCUAGUGCAUUGUCCCCAACCGAUGCCACUGGAGGCGGACGGCUUUCCUGUAAAGGGAGAUUGCUCGGGAGAACGUCAACGAACGCGCUUCCCAGAAUAGAGGAAACAACUUGAUCAGUGUCGUACGUGCGGCAAAGUGGGAGACCGAGAGGAAGCCGGGAGUGCUGAAGGAGCUCGAAUAAGGAAGGCCUUGUCCUAAUCGGGAUAGCGGGUGUGGAUUUGCAGCUUGGCGAGCAAGCGGCUUCCCGGACGUCCAUUCCGCCAUACAGUGUACUGGGUCGUUCCUGGAGGCAAGGCUGGCCGUUCUGGUCUUCACGUUCUUGAACUGCGCAGCUCUACUGCACAGGAACAAGCCCGGAGUUAAAAGACACCACACAACGCACGGCCUGUCUGUCCACAGAGUGGAUGAUGCAGAACAGGGCGACCAUGCAGCCUCGACUGCUUCUUGUGCUAAGCAUGGGAACGCUGGCAUUGGCGCUGAUGGCACGGUGCGUAACUGCCCAGACUAGUAUGCCACCACUCAACAAGACAGCGCAGACAUUUACAGUUGUCACCUCCAGCACUCUCACACCUGUGGCCAGCCUGAAUGUAAGUGGGCUGUAUUCCGAGAGCGUCGUGCUGAGUUGGGAAGCAGACACGGGCAGCGCGUACAACGUAUCAUGCAGCGCUGACGUCGAGCAACACCUGGGAAACCACACCAUCACCCGGGGCCUGCUGAACGCCACGUUAGUCCGACUGAGUGUACUGCCCGACCGUAUGUACUCCUGUUCUGUUCUGAGACUGGUGCGGCACCCAAGCACAGGGAACGGAACGCAGGUCGAGGAGAUUGCCGCAAGCUGGACUGACGUGCACUUCAAAACCCCUGAGUAACCGCUGGACACGUUUCAUCCGGAUUGCCACCAUCGUCGCAACAGCAUGUGCCAGAGUAUCGGCGCGGACGGUCGCCUGGGCUGCGUGUGCACGAGCGGAUACCAGCCGGACUCCAACGGCGAUUGCAUGAACAUCAAUGAAUGCGCGUUCCGUAACACCACGUGCACCGGAUUCGAGACGUGCGUGGACACACCUGGCAGCUACUGGUGCAGCUGCCCGGACGGGUACAAACGCGACGCAUUUGGCACGUGCAAAAACGUGGACGAGUGCCAGGACCGCUCGUUGCGGCUUCCGUGUGGAGAGUCCGGAAGCUGCACGGACACAAACGGAUCCUAUGUGUGUUCCUGCGGCGCUGGGCUUCGUGGCUGCGGCGCUAACUGCGCUGACAUUGACGAGUGUACGGAGGGUACCCACACAUGCAAGCUCCCAGGGCAGUCGACAGGACACCCUGGAGCCAUGUGCGUGAACACCGUCGGAGGUUUCAAGUGCAAGUGCCCGGCCGGUUAUAGCGGCAAUGGAGUGACUUGUGCUGACAUUGAUGAGUGCAGCAGCAGUCUUGGAGCGUCCGCCUGCUUGCUCACGCCAUGCACCAACACCAUUGGCAGUUUCUUCUGCUCAUGCCAUGACGGCUACACACGAGUGGACGGCGCGUGCGUAGACCAAGACGAAUGCGCGGCAUCGGACAAUGUGUGCGGCAACGCGAUGACGACGUGUGUGAACACAAACGGGUCGUUCGUCUGCAAGUGCGACGUCGGGUUUACGUUGAGGAACGGCAUUUGCGUAAAUGUUGAUGAAUGUGUGUUGGGCACGCACGAGUGUCAUCGGCAUCACGGUUUGUGUACGGACACGAACGGCUCUUACACGUGUGCCUGUUCGGCGGCCUUCGAGGGAGACGGGCGGACAAGCUGUCAGUUCUCCCAGGGAUCCAGCCAAAACCGCACCGUCAUCAAUUGGUUCCUCGUACUCGUGGUUGCCGGUCUCUUGCUGAUUGUCAUCGGCUUGAUUAUUGCCAUCAUUUACGUUCGGCGGGAGAAACAGAAGCAAGUCGUGCGCUUGCAGCAGAUCAAACCGCGUAAAGCCAAGCCUGUGAAUAAAACUAUGAGCACUGUUGCACUGGUCAACAAGGAGUCGGGCGAGUCCAUUUACAAGAAACCAGCGUUCUAUAACAUGUUCAAGAGAAAGCGUCUCAGCGGCGACGAUGACCCCGACUACACCGGUUUCAAGUCCCGACCGGCGGGCGUGCAGGACGAGAUCGUCUUGGACCCGACGGGCGACGGCGGCGACAUGCAGCAGGACAGUUACGGCAAGGUGUCGGCGUCCGCGCAUACGCUCAUGGACACGGCGAUGACGUUCAACAGCGAGUCCGUUCACACCAUGGACAGCUACACCAGCGACUCCAUACUGAGCCCCGGCAACAGCAGGCAUCGUGGCCAGGCAAACGUGAAACGCACCGUGUCUACGGCCCUGGCCGCCAUUCGCCGCACCGACCGCUCCGACGACAUGACCGAAGAGGACGAGAUGCAGGCGCGUAUGGACAUGAUGGAGAACGGCAUUUUGGCGCCCAUCGCGCCGGGCCAGGUCAUUCUGGAGGAGCCGCUGCUUCGCGAGCAGGUGUUCACGAUGAACGAUGGCAGUGUCAUCCCCGUCUCGCUGUUCAACACUAAGAUUGACAAGAAGGACAUGCUCUUCACCAUGGUUGGGUGCGAUGCCGACGGACAGUUGGCCCUGUUCAACGCCAAGACGUCCGGCCUGAUUGCCGUGGCGACGGCGAGCGAUGCCACCCGCACGCUCAAGUUCACCGCGCGCAAGAUGGACAGUCGCAUCAAGCAGGCGCGCAGCAUCGUCUCCACCGCCUGCAGGCGCGUGAGCCUGGACGUGGACCUCAAGAACAUCAAGUCGCUGAUGCGCGCACCCAACGGGGAGCUGGUGUUCUCCACUGACAGCGGCUUCGUCGUGCCCACCACGGUCUUCCAGGUGAAUAUCAACGACAAGCAGGCAUCGCGCUACGCCGUGGCCACGACCGCCAACGGCAAGUCGUUUGUCCUGGUCGACCUCGACGAAUCGGACGUUCUGGACACGGUGGGUGUGUCUGUUGCAAUGGCCGGCAUCGGUAACGCGCAGCAAGCGGAACACGAUGAAGCGGGUCCAGUCGACGGCACCGCCAAGACGUUUGCGACGCGAACAGGUAGUAUGACGAAUAGCGAGGCCGAAAUGUAUAGCUCGGUGUACGCUCUCUGGGACGACAACAAGAAAGAGGUCAGAAAGUACCUGCCGGCCGUGAACGAGUUUGGCGAGACCGUGUUCAGAGACGAGAGCGGAUUCUCAAUCCCGCUGAGCCUGUUUGGCGUUCAGCUGAGCAGCAAGGACCUGUCAUCAUCGUUCGUGAUGAGAGCCGGUAACGACUCGCUGGCUUUGUACAAGGCUGCCAACCAGCCGGCACUGGCCAGCAUCGACAGCAAAGUUCUCCAUCAGUACUUAUCCACACAGCAACAGGCAGCAGGCCAACCGUGCACGGUGAUCAAGGGCCUGAACGGCGCGCCGUCCUUCAUCGAGAACACUACCGGUACCGCAGUGCCGCUUUCCCUGUUCGGCGUUCCCCUCGGUGCCCAGGAGCUUGCCACGUGUCGCGUCGUCAAGACUGCCAACGGCUCAUUCGAGCUCUACAUAGCCGACAGCCCGACACCUGCUGGCAAGCUCGACUGGAGUAGAGUGCAGCAGUACCUCAGCAAGCCCUCGCCGCCAGUCAACACGGCCAGAGUCGGCAACGUGAAGCGCGACGAAACCGGCGCGGCAAUCUUCCUCUCGCCCAACCACUGCAUCAGCGUGCCAGUCUGCGUGUUUGGCGUGCAGAUGGACGCGCAGGCGGCCACUAGCCGCUAUGAUGUCACCGUCGCCGAGAACGGCAUGGCGGCGCUCUUCGACCUGACCACGUCUGAGGUGCUUGCCGUCGUCGACAUGUCCAUUGUUAUGGCAACCGGAGCAACGACGGCCACUCGUCAACAGAUUGACAAGAAACUUGCACACACCGUCACCAUGGCGACCACAGAGGACUUCGGUGAGGAAUACUCCACGAUUGCGUACGCGCCGCACCAGCAGGGCCACUCGAAGGGACUGCAGGCAGACAGGAACCAGGACGCCACGGGCCGCGCUCAGGAAGCGUGGGUGGCCAUCGACGAGGACGGAUCUGAGGAGUACUCGUCCGUCACUCAGAGUGCUCCGCGACGCGUCAAGGCUAAACGCGACGGUGGUGCUGGCACCGAUCUGGCAUUCAUGUCCGCUGCGGUGAGCAGUGAAGACGGCACUGGCGAUUCCAUCUACGACGCUGUCAAGACGACAGACAUUCGCUUCGCUUCCCUGGCAGCCACGGCAACGCGUGUGGAGAAGAAGUCCGCCAGUCGCCAGAAGGGCCCUGUUCGCCAGUUGGCCAGGCAGGUGACACGCUCCUCGUUCUAUGGAACGCGUCGCCGCAAUACGGAGGAGAGCAACUACGGGUACGCGGCCUUCAACACGCUGGUCGACCAGGCGGAGAAGCCCGCCGAGGCUGCCCUCAGGACUGUGACCCCACUCGAAGCGGAGAACCCAUACGCGCUCAACGAGUCGCUGACGGAAAGGAUGUACGAGUCGCGUGGCGCCAUGAUCAAGCAGCAGGUCCCACUGGGCCCCUGAGCACAGCUGUGCCGCUUGUUCGGCUGCCUGUGGUGUCAGUCCCAGGGCAGAAACAACCCAGGCUGCGGCCAACCUACCACCUCUGCAUUCUAACUUCACAUGAGCUGCCGAAAGGGAGCACACUCGUCUGAAUUUUUUGCUCCAAUCAUAAUUUUCCACUUGCGAGAACCAUGGCUUAUGGUAAUAUAAAUGUACAAGAUUAUUUAUCGUCUACACAUUAUUUUGGUCAUGAAUGACACAUUAUUUUUGUUCAAUAUCUCAACUUUGAUCAAUUGUAAUCCUGGUUGAUGGCUGUGCUUCCUCCUAUGUUCAUUGGAUGACACUAUAAGAACCAUUGCCGA